AUGGCGACUCGACCCCUCCCCGCCGACCCCGACGCCCUCGACGCCGCGAACGAGCGCUGGUUCCACGGUGCGCCUCUCCGUCCCCUCCAGCGCCAGGCGAUCGAGUGCUCGCUGAGCGGCCGCGACGUCCUCCUCCUCAUGCCGACCGGCGGGGGCAAGAGCCGCACGUUCCAGCUCGCCUCGCUCGCCACCCCGGGGAUCACUGUGGUGGUGGUGCCGCUGCUCGCGCUGAUGCGCGACCAGCGCGACGCGCUCGACUCGCUCCGCGCGGCGGCGGCGGCCGCUGUGGCUGCGGCGGGGCGGCGGGGCGGCGCGCCCUCUCCCUCGGAGGGCGCGAAGCUCCUCUUUGUCACUCCCGAGCGGCUGCUGCAGUCGCUGUCGCUCGGCGGCGUGCUGCGCUCGCUCGCGUCUCGCGGGCUGCUGCAGCGGGUGGUGGUGGACGAGGCGCACUGCGUGGUGUCGUGGGGGUCCGACUUCCGACCCGAAUACGCCCGCCUCGGCUCUCUCCGCGCCGAUCUGCCCGGCGUCCCGAACCUUCUCCUAGGCGUCCCGUGGCUACUCCUGACCGCGACGCUGCCGCCCGCGCGCCGGCCUCUCCUGCUAGAGAGCCUAGGGCUCGACGCGUCGGGGGUGCGCGUGCUGGAGGGGAGCAUGGACCGGCCCCACCUCCGCUACGCCGCGGCGGCGGAAGCAGCGGCGGCGGCAGCGGAAGCAGCGGCGGCGGCGGCGGCGGCGGCGGCGGCGGCGGCGGCGGCGGCGGUUGCCGCUGCGCGAUCGUGUACUCGCGUGUGCGACGGGCUGGUGGAGCGGCGGGUGGCGGCCGCGUUUUACCACGCGCAGGUGGAGGGCGAGGUCAAGGAGGCGCUGCACCGCGACUGGCUGCAGGGUAGGGUGGAGGUCAUCGUCGCCACGUGCGCCUUUGGGAUGGGCGUGCACCACGGAGGCAUCUUCCACUACACGAUCCCCUCCUCGCUGACGGCGCUGGCGCAGGAGUGGGGGCGGGCCGGCCGGGAUGGGGAGGACGCGGAGUGCGUCCUCCUCUACUCGUACUCGGACAAGCAGCGGGUCAAGUCGUACGACGCGGGCCGACGGGACACGACCACGACACGUCCCUGA